UCCAUUUCAUGGAAUCAGGAGCUGGGAACACAGGGGGCUCAUGGGAUGCCUUAUAAAGACCUGUCACUAGUGAAGGGAGAGGCAAAGGGAGACCUUCAGAGACAAGCUAAGAGAAUGAGCAGAUAACAAGAAGACAAUAAGCAGUCCUUUCACAGAAAAGCUGCCCAGCAGAACGCCUACUGACAGAGAUGACAGGGGGAACAGAGCAAUCGCUGGGUGAGAAUUAGGAAGAAGGGCACAGAGGCAAGUGCUAGGCUGCUCAUCCGCUCUCCAUCACGCACAGGCAUUAGCCGUACCCAAGCCUAUCGACUCAGCAAUCUGCACUGAAAUAUGCUGCCUGGCCACAGGGACGCGGCUGAGGGAGGACCCCAGAGCAGCCAAGGCCCUGGAGAGAAGCAAAAACUGGAAGACGCCAAGGUAUUCUACGAAAACCUAACUCCAACCAAGAAGCCAAAAUCGCCCAAACCGCAGAAUGCAAUCACCAUUGCUGUUUCUUCGCGGGCACUUUUCCGUAUGGAAGAAGAAGAAAAAGUUUUCGAGGAACAGGGACUAGAAGAAUAUGUUAAAUACCAACUGGAGCAUGAGAAUGAGCCAUUUAAUCCAGGAGCAGCAUUUCCAUUUGUUAGGGCACUGGAAGCUGUUAACGCUCACCUACGUGAGCUAUAUCCUAACAGUGAGGAUCUGUUUGACAUAGUCCUCAUGACCAACAACCACGCACAAGUUGGAGUAAGACUCAUUAAUACCAUAAACCAUUACAACUUGUUUAUUGAGCGAUUCUGCAUGACUGGAGGUAACAGUCCUAUUGGAUAUCUGAAGGCCUAUCAUACAAACCUAUAUCUCUCAUCUGAUGCUCAAAAAGUGCAGGAGGCCAUAGAAGAAGGUAUAGCUGCUGCAACAAUUUUCAACCCAAGUCACAAUGUGUCCAUUAAUGAAGAACAGCUACGAGUGGCAUUUGACGGAGAUGCGGUUCUGUUUUCCGAUGAGUCCGAGCAGAUUGUGAAAGAACAUGGCUUGGACAAAUUCUUUGAGCAUGAAAAGGCGUUUGAGAACAAGCCACUGGCACAGGGACCAUUAAAGGGUUUCCUGGAAUCUCUAGGGAAAUUGCAGAAGAAAUUCUAUCACAAAGGAAUGAGAAUGAACUGCCCAAUACGUACGUACUUAGUUACGGCUCGUAGUGCAGCCAGUUGUGGGGCACGAGCCCUGAAAACCUUACGCAGCUGGGGACUUGAGACUGAUGAAGCUCUCUUCUUGGCUGGAGCACCAAAAGGACCUAUGCUUGAAAAAAUACGCCCACACAUAUUCUUCGAUGAUCAGAUGUUCCAUAUAGAAGGGGCCCAAGAGAUGGGAACUAUAGCGGCGCAUGUCCCUUAUGGUGUGGCGCAAAGACACAAAAAACCCACCAAGUGAGACUGAUGUAAAAUCUUAUUCUGUUUGCCUCACCACCAUGGAAUCCAUUUUAUAUCUGACAUACAGAGCUGCUACAAAUUACCUUAAGAGCUAUUUAUCACACUGUACAAUAUAUAUGCAGGUAAUAGUCAGAUUGUUCAACAUAAGGUGACUAUAGGAAUGUUCACACAGCAGAUUUUCUGCUUGGCUUCCAUGUGCAUUCUGAGUUGAAAUCCAAAUGGAAUAUGUCUCCUGUUGUUUCAGUGGGAACCUGCACUUCCAUUGUUACAGACACGGAUUUUUUGGGGGCUACUACAAAUUUUCUCUGAAGCGCAUUUUCCACUGUGUGAACAUACUUCAACCGGGCUGUGAAUUUGAUGUGAAUUAUUUUACGAAUAUAAUAAAUGGAGCCUGGAACGUUAGUGUAAAUUAUCUUAAAUAUGCCAUAACAAAUAGUAGUUAAUAAAUGCAUGUAUACUAUUCUUAAAAGGAAUGUUUCAUCAGAAAAUUACUUUUUGAGUAAAAUGUUUUGAAUUAAAAACAUUUUUUGGAAUUUUUGGUAAUUUUUGAUUUAAUUUUCUAUGUAACUGUAUUACAAAACAAUUCCUAAAAUCAUGCAGUUUUUGCACUGAUCACAAGGCCUAAAAUAUGUCAUGAUUUCCUGUUCUGUACAGGUAACUUUUCAGUAGCCAUUGCAUUUUCAUUACAGGCAGAAUUGCAAUGACAGAUAUUGCCUCAGUAUAGAUAAGAAAAGGGUCCACUAUUCACAAUAGCUAAUGGUCGCAGCUUAUCUACUCCCGCAUGGCCUCUACACAGAGGACGCCAAGGAAACCAUGCCAUAGAAGUCAAUGAGUCAGCUCCGGUCCAUUGUGUCUAUGGCCCAUGUGGCUUCUCCCAAGAAAAGGAAGUGUUGAAAUAUUUUAGGCCUUGAUUUUUUACACAGAGACAUGGAAAAUUAAAAAAAAUAUCACAGGAAUUCUAAAAAAUAUGUUUAAUAUAAAAAACUUGAUGUAAACAAUAAAUAAUUUUUUGAUGACUCCCUUUAAAGUAGGUUGUACAGUUGGAAAUUGCAACUACCAGACCCUCUUGGAGCAUCAGUAGGGUCAGGGGUUUAGGUGUCUUAAUUAGCAUAUGAAACACCACAACUUGUUCGCACAGAUCAAGAUACUGCGGUGGCUCUUUUGGUAGGGACUCAUGCUUUCAUUAAGGAUGGCUUUUACACACUUCUAGAAUGAAUAUGAUUUGGUAUUUUACUGCCUGCGCAAAUCGCUAUUGAGAUUAAAUUGUAAUUGUCAUCUCAUGGUACAUAGACAGGACCUCAUAGUCUAGAUGGGUGGUUUAGCUGAAAGACCAUCUAGCAAUUGCAUUUACACAUAGCAAUUUGGAGAUCUUAUGAUGAAAUUGUUCAGCAUGCCUGAAGAUUUGCAGUCACGUAAAAUGAUUUAAAUGCUGAGAAAGUUGUAAGCAACAAUCCCAAUGCGUUAUAGAAGUUUGUGAACAGUGUUGGACUGGAGCACCAGACUACCAGGCUCUGACAAUAAUGGGCCUCUAAUAAAUCAGGUCCACUAAGGUCUAGCUGACCUUGGAACCAGUAACCAGAUCAUAGCAUACUGUAUAUUCACCUUGUGCAACUGCCCAGGUGCCUACUGUGAAAAGAAGCCCAUCUGCCAAAGCUUCCUGCUGUCUACUUCAUUAUUUUUCUUGUACCAAGGUACUUUAGUGGUCUAUGUCCACCUCUGAAACAGAUGUCCUACAUGUGCAAUGAUGACAAUUAAAUGAACAUCUACACAUGUCCUGUAGGAUGGGCCCUCAAAAUCAUUUCCUCUGGUGGGCCCAAAGAACUCCAAGCAACGCUGUGUGUGAAGGCAAUAUUACUUCUGUUCAUAAGGACAUCUCAUAAAUAUUAGUAACAGUGCCUCAUGUUACUUACAAUUCUAAGGCCUGUGUCCGUUAAUGUCUCUUGAUCAGCUGUUUUGUAACUGAUGGAGUGUGAGGCUCUAAAUGUCUAUCACUGUUAGCAUUUGUGCUUCCAUAUCUGUGUGCUAGGCUUUUAUUUUCUGGACCUGCUUCUGAGAUAUGUUUACUCUAAAUUCAGCACAGGGAGUUUGUGUGUCUAAUGUAGCACUUUGUGACAAUAUUAUUUUGCAGUUUUAUAAUGUUGUAACUUUUAUUAAACCCUUUGGUAUCUAAUACUGUAUAUUGCCCAUCACCUACUGUAUAAAACACCCAAAAAUUUGACUUUGAUCAAAAUGAACUCUUAAGUGAUAACAGAUAGUUUGGCCCAAGGGCUUGUCUUCCUUCACAAAAUGGCAUUUAUCGUGCAAAGUGAAUACAAGGUACUUACUAAUAUAUAGUUAUUGUCCAUAUUGCCACCUUUGCUGCCUUAUUCAUUUUUCCAUCACAUUAUACACUUCUCAUUUCCAGGGGUUAUGGCCACCUCUGCAGGGCAGAUACGAGGUGGCCGGGACAGGAGCUGCUGUGCAUGCAUGCCUAUGCGCACUCCUAGGGUCCCAGCCACCAGAGAGGCCAGCAUUUUUUCCUAUAGUGUGCAAGCAAGGCCCCCUCCGUUGGAUUACAGGGUGGUUGUAACCCCUGGGAACGAGGAAUGUAUAAUGUGAUGGAAAAAUGAAUC